UCCAUUUGCCUGCAACUUCGAGAGAGAGCAGUGCUGGUUGAGGAUCGCUGCUUAAGAUGGCCAGGAGCUCUGCGCCCCUCUGGCUCUUGGUGCUGCUGGCGAUCGCCCAGUGGGAGAGUUCCGUUGGCGCCUCCUCCCACUCUCUGAAGUAUUUCUACAGCUCCAUCUCAGACCCCAGUCAGGGGAAGCCGAAGUAUGUCGCUAUGGGGUAUGUGGACGAUCAGCUCUUCGUUCACUACGACAGCCACAGCCAGAGGGUGAAGCCUCGAGUCUCCUGGAUGGAGAAGGUGGGGAAGGAGGAUCCCCAAUACUGGGACAGAAACACCCAGAUAUCACGUGGCACUGAGGAGACGUUCAGAGUAGACCUGGAGACUCUGAGGAUUCGCUACAAUCAGAGCGAAGGCCUUCACACAUGGCAAAGGAUGUAUGGCUGUGAGCUCCGAGGAGACGGGAGCAAAAGAGGGUUUGACCAAUUUGGCUACGAAGGGAGGACCUUCAUCACCUUCGACAAGGAGACCCGCACUUGGGUUGCUCCCAUCCCCCAGGCCCAGAUCACCCAGAGGAAAUGGGACUCUAUUCCAGGAUUGAAUGAGAGAAAUAAGGCCUACCUGGAGGAAAUCUGCAUUGACUGGAUAGAGAAGUACCUGUCCUAUGGGAAGGAGACACUGCAGAGGACAGAGACCCCAAAGGUGACAGUGAGCAGCCGGACGGAGGUGGGGGAUGGGAUGGAGAUGCACAUCUGCCGCGUGGAUGGCUUCUACCCCAGGGAGAUCGAUGCCUCCUGGAGGAGGGAUGGGGAGGUAUGGCUGGAAGAGACCUUCCGUGGGUUUCUGGCCCCCAACGCAGAUGGGACCUACCACUACUGGCUCAGCAUCCGGAUCGACCCCAAAGAGAGGAGCCGCUAUCGGUGCCACGUGGAGCACGACGGCCUGCAGGAGCCUCUGGACUUGGAGCUGAAGGAGACCCCAAAGGUGACGGUGAGCAGCCGGACGGAGGUGGAGGAUGGGAUGGAAACGCACAUCUGCCGCGUGGAUGGCUUCUACCCCAGGGAGAUCGAUGCCUCCUGGAGGAGGGAUGGGGAGGUAUGGCUGGAAGAGACCUUCCAUGGGUCUGUGGCCCCCAACGCGGAUGGGACCUACCACUACUGGCUCAGCAUCCGGAUCGACCCCAAAGAGAGGAGCCGCUAUCGGUGCCACGUGGAGCACGACGGCCUGCAGGAGCCUCUGGACUUGGAGCUGAAGGAACCAACCAAUUCAAAAUCCAACCUGGGGCUCAUCAUUGGCUGCGUUGUGGCUGCCCUUGUCCUGGCGUGUGCGAUUGCUGGGAUCCUGGUAUUCUUCAAAAAACGUCAAGAUGACUACAAAGCAGCACCAACAAGUGACAGAGGAUCCAGCAGUUCAGACCAGGGGAGCAACCAGAAGGUUUAGCAGCCCCCUUGCAGGGGAGACGCCCAGCAUGAGGAGAGAAGAGAGAAGAUGGGAUCGGCCUCCUUCUGAAUUAGGCCGGACUCUCAUGCUGCAUGAGAGAACCAGGAGAGAUUUUUGGGUCUUUCAUCACUGCUUUUAUCACUGAAUCAGUAAACUGUUUCUAUUAUGAUUGAGGAGCAGAGGAGAAAAUAAUAUAUUGUGUGUUACUAAUUGUCCAAUCAAAAGAUUUCAAAUUGGGUUUCAUAGAUAAUAGUUUAUCAUAGAUAAAUAGGUUGCAUAACCCCCUUAAUGGGCUUUUGCUGAUUAGUCUUAGUGGAUAGAGGUUGGAGGCUAAAGAUGAGAUUUUAGAGAAGGGUUUAUAGAGAAUGGGGUGAGCAAUCGGAUGAAGAAUUUAUUGGUUUUGCUUUAAGAAAGAUUGAGAAGUUGUUAAUUUUCAUUAUAUUUGUUGGGGAUGAAGGUGGAGGUUACUUUUUCUUUUUUCCUUGUGUUAGUUUUAUCUUUUUUAAUGUGAUCUUCGAUGAAACUAUUACUAAGAGAAGUGUGCGUUUUGAGAUUUUUGCAGCUAAAUUAGUUGAUGUAUUUUUAAUUGAUUAUUGCACGGUUAUUUGAUCAUAUAUUUCAUAACACAAAGUUUGACAAUCCAUAUACUGAGGGUAACAUUUGACAGUGAUUUUUUUUAUAGAUUGGCAUUUAUGGCUUUUCAUGAUUUAGAAAAACGGAUGAUGAAAUCAAUUGUCAGGCUGCUCUCUCCUUAACAAUUGCACAACUUUUGUAAGUUUGCCGAAAUUUGUUUGAUUAAAAUAAAGGAUUUCUUUUCCUCUUA